AUGGGGGAUAGCCGCGCCACCGGACGAGAUAACUCGUCCGACGUCCGUUCACGUCGCGGUGGUUCAACAGCUGCUCAACUAGAUAGCGCUGGCCACCGCGAGAGUACUCUAAUGGAGGUGGAGGAGGAGGGAAAACGCUCUCCACACUAUCGUGGGGAAGCGUGUGUUCCCGAGAGCUUCUUUGAUCGCGUAACGCAAGGGUUACGCGGCGAUCUCGAACAUGAGCGGGACAGGCGUCUCCAAAUGGCGGACAUUGCGUUGAAGCAUCGAGCUGAGUUUGCCUUUGCUCAGCUUGAGAACGAGAGAUCUCUGACGUCUCUGCGUGACGAGCUAAGGGUAGCUCGUGGGGAUGUUGAGCGGUCUCGGGCUGAGAUAACUGCUCUUCAGACCCUUGUCGAUGCCCACCAUCGGGAGCACAAGGCUCUCUGCGAGAUGCUUGAGCGCAAGGGCGUUCUUCAUCGGAAGAAGCAGCGUACUGAUGGUACGGCUUAA